AACACAACUCUUGUAGUCAUGAAUUUGAAAAUUUGAGAACCAAAAUUAAGCUUAAGCUAAAAUUUCGAGCACUAGUGGCGCAAUUUAUACAUUUUGAAAUCAAAAUUGCCUAGCGCGGAGGGGCUCCGGAGUUCAGUAUAAAAGGAGGGCUCGGCGCGAGGGCAAUACGAUGCACUGAAAACAUGACGGCGGAGACCACCACCGGCGGCGGCGGCGGCGGCGGCGGCGACGGCGACGGCGACGGCGGUGGGUGGCGGAGGGAGGCGGAGGAGAGGCUGAGGCGGCUCCACUCGCUCCUCUUCGGCGCCGACCUCGCCCUCGGGAGGGGCGACCCCGCCGCCGCCCGCUCCCUCUCCCUCCGCCUCCUCGGCCUCCUCCACCCCCAAACCCUAACCCUAGCCGCCGACGCCGCCCUCCUCGCCCCCAUCCGCGCCGACGCCGCCGCGGCGCUCGCAGCCGCCAGCCGCGCCCUCGCCCCCGACUCCGAUCGCCAGGCUUUCAAACAAGCAAGGAGAGAUGUUGGCCACGUUUUUGUGCAGAGAGGGGAUAUUGACAUAGAAAAGGUUAAGCAGUCAAAGUACUUUCGAGCUUUUCUACAUGAGUGCAAAGGGAACACUACUAAUCAUUCGAUCCAGUUAUGUCAACAAGCUGAGGAAAGUCAACUUGAUAGGCAACAUGAGAAGCUUAGUGCCAGAGCUACAAGACUUGUGACACAGACAAAAAUAACAUCAAUAUAUGGCAGCAAGCCCAUGAAGGCAAGCCACGUGCCUCAUAAGGAACCACUGAACUCAGACAGAAGCGUUUCUAAGGAGUAUAUUGAUGUUGACGGUGAGGCUCCAAUAAAUCAAAAUAGUUCACAGGCCGUCCCUGUUUAUUUGCAAGUUGAGGAAAAUCAAAAGCCUUCUACACUGGCUCUUAGAGUAAAACGUCGCCACACGGAAUUUACAAGCCCUAUCUGUGAGAAUGUACAUUCUCCAUCAAGCAAUGAUGAAGCUGAUACUACUUGCAAUGGAUUUGUAACAGCAAGGACAAAGUUGGAAAUGGAUGCUCGUCAGAGGCACGGGCUUAAGGAUCCUCCAGGUGCUUCUAUAUCCCCACAAAGUGAUUAUAACCCGAAUACGAGAAAUUAUGGCAUAAGGCCAGGUGGGAUUGCUCGCCGUGGAUUGCGUGGUAAUUUUGUUCCCCCAGUCAGAAAUAAUGGAGGGAAUACGGGUAAUAUGAUCAGCUCACGGGUUUCGGGGAAGUGUGAUGACUCAUUAGAAGAUUCAACUAGAAAAUGUUUAGACAUGCUUUGUGGUCCUGAUGGCGAGCUCCCUGAGAAGCUAAGAAAUUUGGAACCUCGACUUAUCGAGCAUGUUAGCAACGAGAUAAUGGAUAAAGACCCUAAUGUUCGUUGGGACGACAUAGCUGGUUUAGAGCAUGCAAAGAAAUGUGUGACAGAGAUGGUUAUAUGGCCUCUUUUACGUCCUGACAUAUUUCGUGGUUGUCGUUCUCCUGGAAGAGGCUUACUCCUGUUUGGUCCUCCGGGAACGGGCAAAACAAUGAUUGGGAAAGCAAUUGCUGGGGAGGCCAAGGCAACCUUUUUCUACAUAUCCGCCAGUUCAUUAACUAGCAAAUGGAUUGGUGAGGGUGAGAAGUUAGUGAGGGCACUCUUUGGGGUUGCAAGCUGUCGUCAGCCUGCCGUGAUAUUUGUAGAUGAGAUAGACUCGCUACUAUCUCAGCGUAAGUCCGAAGGUGAACAUGAAUCAAGUAGGAGACUCAAAACACAAUUUCUGAUUGAGAUGGAAGGUUUCGACAGCGGAAAUGAGCAAAUUCUACUUAUAGGGGCUACUAACAGACCUCAGGAGCUUGAUGAAGCAGCGCGCAGACGACUAACAAAGCGUUUAUAUAUCCCUCUCCCUUCGUCAGACGCAAGAACUUGGAUUGUGCGUAACCUAUUGGAGAAAGAUGGGCUUUUUACUCUCUCAGAGGAAGAUACUGCUGCUAUCUGCAAGUUAACUGAAGGUUACUCGGGAUCCGACAUGAAGAAUCUAGUGAAAGAUGCAUCUAUGGGCCCACUUCGAGAAGCCCUUAGACAGGGUUUUGAGAUCACAAAGCUUCGAAAGGAGGAUAUGCGCCCCGUAACUCUGAAGGACUUUGAAGAUGCACUGCAGGAGGUGAGGCCUUCAGUUUCCUUGACUGAGUUGGGCAUCUAUGAAGAGUGGAACAGACAGUUUGGAAGCUUAUCUAUCUAGUCACAUACACACACAUAUAUAUUAGUACUAAUCUACAGCUGUAUCUGAGUGGCAAAUAACAGCCUCUCUACUAAACAUUUUCUCUCAUCUUUUUACCAUUGCAAUUGUUUGUAUGACACACCUUUAGGAGACAUGGAAGCGAAGUGAGAAGUGGUAUCGGAAAAUUCUGUUUGUACAGUUUAGUUUAUCAUUGUAAUGGUUUGUAGAAUGCAACCUUUAUAACUGAUUUAGGGUUUGUUUGGUUUACCAUAACUCCGUAAGUUGUAGUAUUGUUUGACGAGGCACUACUUGUUAAGUACUACUAG